GUUGACGGGCAGCGGGGACACUAUUUGGGAGGUUGGGUUCGCUUUAACAGAUAGCAGAGGCGUCACACGAGGUCCGUCGUCUGGGCGAAUCGAGUUCGGAGUUCCAGUCUAAGCGAAAUGGCCUGAACUAGGAUGUGUUUAUUAAGGAUAUUACUUAUGGUAUAUCAUCGGUAUCAUGGAUGCAUAGGAUAACGACGGAAUAAGCUGCAUUGUAGGCAAUGCAGAAAGCUUUCGAUUUCAGACGGGGAGACACAACUGCCACCGCCGAACCUGCCUAGUCAAGGUUGAAAGAAUAGGAACGCGGACCGGGGACUUUUGCAGAGAUGGCUGCGGACGACAAAGUGGUAAUCCUAUCGGAUGACGAAGAGGACCAGAAGAGGAAGUACGUCCUGGACGAACCCUUCAACACUCUUUCCCUGGAGCUGCAGACCGACCGAGAGCCAGUGUCUGCUGCAGCAUCAGACACACAGUCUGCUCCAGAGACACCCAUGGCCUCGCCACUGAAAGACCUAGGCUGCUUUGAGAGGAUGUGCCUUCGAGUCAACUCCCAGCUCCUCAUCUCCAAGAUCUUCUACUUCUUCUUCUAUGCAGCAUACGGAUCCCUGCACCCACUCCUAGCCGUCUACUACAAACAGCUAGGGAUGUCACCAAGCCGUAGUGGACUGUUGGUUGGGAUCCGGUACUUUAUAGAGUUCUGCAGUGCGCCAUUCUGGGGAGUGGUGGCCGAUCGUUUUAAGAAAGGGAAGCCAUUGUUGCUGUUCUCUGUGCUGUGUUGGUUGGUGUUCAACUGUGGCAUCGGCUUUGUCAAACCAGCUGCCAUGGUCUGUAAGGAGAAGGUGGACAUCACCACUGUGGCUCCACCAAUACUCCCCUUGACGACAAUGAUACCAAUUAACGGCUCGCUACCGGACGUUUCCACCAAUCACACGAGGAGAAGUCGUCGGGAUUUGUUUCGAAGUUACUUUCCUAGCUUCCUUUUUGUUUUGAAUGGCCGUGAUUCUGGCUAUAGUGUACGCCGCAGGCAUAGAAGAGGUGCUGAUAGCAAUACCACCCAAUCCACAGGGGUGUCUUACGAGCAGAACAAUGGCACGGCAACAACCACUUACACCCCCACCCAUGCCCAACCCAGAGUGGUGCCUAAUGAGCAAGCCAAUACCACUCAGCUUUUACUGAAUACCACAACUAUGCCACUAACCACUAAAAACCCCACCCUUGCCCCUAACCAUGCCCCCACCACACAUUCCAUAUUGGUGCCUCACGAGCAGGGCAAUACCACUCAAGCUACACCAAAUACUACUUCAACAACUAUGGCAACCACUACCCCUGCUCCCACCCAACCCAGAGAGUACAUCAUUGAGUACAACGAGGAUCAGGUAGAGAGCAUCUUUCUCCUAAUCCUCUUGGUCAUCAUCGUGGGGGAGUUCUUCAGCACGCCGGCAGUCACCAUUGUGGACACGGUGACGUUACAGUACCUGGGGAAGCACCGGGACCGCUACGGCCUGCAGAGAAUGUGGGGGUCCCUUGGCUGGGGCGUGACCAUGCUGCUAGUGGGUAUCUGGAUAGACCACACCCACCUUACGCUGCUCAUCGACGGCGUGGUCGGCUGUAUCCUGCCCGAAUAUAAGAACUACCAGGUGGCCUUCAUAGUGUUUGGAGUGAUGAUGGGCCUGGCCCUGGUGGUAGCAACACAAUUCUACUUCGACAGUGGGGACUACAGACAGGAGUUGUCUCAGAGGCCCCAGGAGGUAGAGAUACCACAGGUAGGCGGGAACGUGGCAUCUCCAGAGGGGAGCGAGAGCUCCACCUCGGACCAGACCCCCAUCACCCCAGAGUCCACCAUCCCCGAACAGCCUUUCUACUACAGUGACCUCCUCAGGCUGUUCUGUAGUGUUCAGUACAGCACGGUGCUGUUCGUCGCCUGGUUCAUGGGCUUCGGUUACGGCUUUGUGUUCACCUUCCUGUAUUGGCAUCUAGAGGACCUGAAGGGGACCACCACGCUGUUUGGUGUGUGUUCGGUUCUGAGUCAUGUGUCGGAGCUGGCUGCUUACUUCACCAGUCAUAAGUUUAUUGAGCUGGUGGGACACAUCAGGGUCUUGUACAUUGGCUUGGCAUGUAACACAGCACGCUACCUGUACAUUUCUUACUUGGAGAAUGCAUGGAUAGUUCUGCCUAUGGAGGUCUUGCAAGGUGUGACCCAUGCGUCCAUUUGGGCAGCCUGUAUCUCCUACCUGAGUGCCGCGGUGCCCCCAGCUCUGAGGACCUCUGCCCAGGGUAUCCUCCAGGGUCUACACCUGGGGCUGGGACGGGGCUGUGGGGCCAUGGUGGGGGGAGUCUUCGUCAACUAUUUUGGAGCUGCAGAGACGUUCAGAGGGAUUGGAAUGGCUUCCCUGGUGAUACUCCUCAUCUUCUCCUUCAUUCAAUGUCUGACCGGACAGAACGAGGAAAAGGAGGACAGGAUGCUAGCAGAGAACAUUCCGGUUGCUUCCAGUCCAGUUCCCAUCGCUACCAUAGACUUGAUGCAGAAUCAGAACCAGGUGGGUGUGAUGGUGCCCCGCUCUAACCCUAGUCCCCCGGCUAAGAAGACCAAGCACCAGGAGGAGCAGGAGGAUGUUAACAGACCGGCCUGGGUGCUGAGUGGAUCCCCCUGGGUCACCAUAGCCUUCGCUGUCUGCCAGAUCAGAGAGAUGUACUGCAUGGCCAAGAGUAGUCUACCCUCAGAGACACAGCCACUGCAGUGACAAUAUGUGAACGAUUUCUCCCCACGCCUUCAUGUGAACUAAAGAAAGGUGAGACUGUGUUUGCUCUUUGUGUGCACUGUAGAGGUGAAUUCCACACUGUAUUUGUGACAUGCGGUGGUGAAUGUGGUCAAAUGUCCUAUGUGCCCGUGUUUGGUUUACUAGUUUAGUGCAUGGUUUGAUUAUAUCUUUAGUGUACACAAAACAUUUUGUUGUGAUUGAUUAGCCAAUGACGUUCUAUUAUCUCGUCUGUUGCCAGGAGCAAAAUGAUCAGAACUCUUCUGAAUACAAGGCAGUGGAGACUGAACACAGAGCAACAGAAGUCACCACACCCCCAUAACGGUUCCCCCAGGCAGCAUACCUAGCAAGGCCCACCCCGCAGAGCACCCCGAAUCCCAGCCCUCUCCCAUACCAGACUAGGGGAACUCUGUGGAGCAGCCUGCCUUUUUCACCUGGUAACUUUGAGGCUUCACAUCAACUGUCUUUCCGGCAGUAGAUUAAAGGCUUGAGUUGAGUUUCGAGACGGUACUUACAUUCACUCGCGUGUCUCCUUUGGUUCCUGCGACAUGUACAUUAGGGAAGGGGUAAGGAGCAGUGAGCACUACUCCACAUCGAUGACUGUCUGCUGUAAAAGGUACUGAGUGAUAAGCUUUCUGUGUGUGUGUGUGUGUGAUCUGGCAUUGUGUAAAUAGAAUUUGAUCUAGAAAGGGUCAAAAGGGAUUGUUGCCGUCUAGAAUGUAAUGUAUUUAUUUCCUCUGUGUCUUCCUGCACGUGCUUCUGACAAUCAUGUUAUUAUUUUGACUCUUGGGAUGAAAUGAUGUGUGUGUAGACAAUAAAAAUGUAUUUGUAGAUAAAUCA